AGAAAAUAUUGGCACUUGAUUCAUUACUGAUAGUCAAGUCUUUCCAUUAACUCUUCCUUUCAUCCCUAUUUUGUUUCUCAAUCUCAUAAGUUUAGCUUUUAUUACUUUGCCAGAAAGCAUAGAAGAAAAUGAUGAGCUCUAGUGUUGUAUGUAUUCUCAAGUUAGUUGCAGUACUCUUUGUUGUGUUGUUGCAGUUGUUUGUGAAUGGAGCCGUUGGUUGCUUAGAGAAUGAGAGACACGCUCUCCUUCGGUUGAAAGCCAGCCUAGUGCUGUAUGACACUUCUCUUUUAUCUAGUUGGGACAGUACCAGUGAUCAGUGCUGUGCAUGGGAAGGAAUCCGUUGUAGCAAUCAAACUGGACAUGUUGAAAUGCUUGAUCUAAGUGGUUCUCAAUUUGGUCGUUUUCCGGGUAAGAUCAACGCAACAUUGAUGGAGUUGAGACAUUUAAUAUACUUGAACACUAGUAUGAGUUUGUUUUCAAUCAGAAUUUUUCCAGAAUUGUUUGGUUCUCUAACCAACUUGAGAUUCCUUGACCUCCAUGCUUCAUUCUCCGGGGGAAGAUUUCCAAAUGACCUCGCUCGUCUUUCACACUUGCAAUAUCUUGAUCUUUCAUAUAAUAACCUUGAGGGUACAAUCCCUCCGCAACUUGGAAAUCUCUCUCAUUUGCAGUACCUUGAUCUUUCAUAUAAUCUUCUUAAUGGAUCCAUUCCUCAUCAACUUGGAAGCCUUUCAAAUUUACAACAGCUUCAUCUUCGAGACAAUGAGGCACUCAAAUUUGAUGACAAGAAUAAUCAUGUUGGAGGUCAGUGGCUUUCUAAUCUCACUCUUUUAACCCAUCUUGACUUGAGUGGCAUGCCGAAUCUAAAUUCUUCUCAUCUCUGGCUGUUAAUGAUUGCCAAGCUUCCAAAAAUACAAGAAUUGAGGCUCUCUGGUUGCGCUCUUUCAGAUCUUUAUCUUCAAUCUCUGUCUCAUUCACUAUUCAAUUUUUCUAGUUCUCUUGCAAUCCUUGAUCUUUCAUAUAAUACCUUCUCAUCAUCCAAAAUAUUUGAAUGGGUGUUUAAUGCCACCUACAACUUAAUGGAGCUUGAUCUUAGUUUUAACAAAUUCAAUGGCACCAUUUUAUAUGAUUUUGGAAACAUUAGAAACACUCUUAAGGUACUUGACUUGUCUCAUAAUGAACUACAAGGUAGAUUUCCAGACUCUUUUGGAGAUAUAUGUACCUUACACUCAUUGUACCUUGAUGAUGACAAUUUAAAUGAAGACGUUUCAACCAUUUUCCUCCAAUUCUCGGGUUGUGCUAGAUUCUCACUACAAGAUUUGAGCUUGAGGAACAAUAAAAUUACUGGAACAUUGCCUAAUCUUUCAAUAUUCCCAAAUCUAAUAACAAUCGACCUUUCAUAUAACAUGCUAAGUGGGAGGGUGCCAUAUGGAAUUCCAAAAUCAAUGGAGUCUGUAACAUUUGAAUCAAAUUCUUUAGAAGGCGGAAUUCCAAAAUCAUUUGGUAACCUAUGUUUUUUAAGAUCACUAGAUCUCUCAAGUAACAGGUUGAAUGAAGAUCUGUCAUAUAUAUUUCAUAAUUUAUCGGUAGGGUGUGCAAAGUACUCUCUACAAACGUUAGAUUUGAGCAUGAACCAAAUUUUUGGCACCAUACCUGACAUGUUAGGGUUCUCAUCUUUAAACUAUCUUCAGUUAUCCAACAAUUCAUUAAAUGGGAGUAUACUAAAAACUUCAACAUUCCCUCAUCGAUUACAAAGUCUAAUCUUGGAUACCAAUAAUUUGGAAGGUGAGAUCACUGACUCCCACUUUGGCAACAUGUCUAUGUUAAAUAUGUUAAGCUUGAAUGACAAUUCACUGUCACUAAAAUUUAGUGAAAAUUGGGUGCCACCAUUUCAAUUGUUUAUCAUACAUCUAAGGUCUUGUGGUUUAGGACUUAGUUUUCCAAAAUGGCUGCAAGGUCAAAAACAUCUUUUAGAAUUGGACAUUUCUAAAGCGGGAAUCUCAGAUGUAGUUCCAAUGUGGUUUUGGACUCAAGCAACAAAUAUGUAUCUCAUGAAUAUUUCGUAUAAUAACCUCACUGGCACAAUUCCAAAUUUGCCCAUAACAUUUUCAGAAGGCUUGGAAGUAAUUCUUGAUUCUAAUCAAUUUGAAGGUUCAGUCCCUCAAUUUUUUCAAACUGCAAGAUCUCUACGGUUGUCCAAGAACAGAUUUUCAGAAACACAUCUUCUGUUAUGUACUAACACUACAAUCGAUAGAUUGUUUCUACUAGAUCUAUCAAAAAAUCAAUUAUCCGGGCAGCUCCGUGAUUGUUGGAGUAAUUUGAAAGCAUUGAUAUUUCUUGACUUGAGUGACAAUACUUUGUCUGGUGAAGUACCAUCCUCAACGGGAGCAUUACUUGAACUUGAGGUCCUGAUAUUGCGCAACAAUAGCUUCACUGGGAAGUUACCUCUCUCCUUGAAAAAUUGCACGAAACUAAUCAUGCUAGAUAUUGGAGAUAAUAAAUUCUCAGGACCAAUACCCUAUUGGUUAGGACAGGAAUUGCAAAUGUUAAGCUUACGAAGGAACCAAUUCCACGGAAGUCUUCCACAAAGUCUUUGUUACUUAACAAACAUUCAGUUGUUGGAUCUCUCAGAAAACAAUCUAUCUGGACGAGUUUUCAAAUGCUUGAAGAAUUUUUCACCAAUGACUCAAAAUGUUUUCUCAACUAGAGACACAUCACGGUUCAGUUACUUUAAUGUGCAUGGAAUCCUAGACUCCAUUGAAAGCUAUGAUUUGAUCACUGUGUUGAUGUGGAAAGGUGCAGAACGGUUGUUCAAGAAUAACAAGCUCAUUUUAAGAAGCAUUGAUCUUUCAAGCAAUCAAUUGAUAGGAGUCAUUCCAGAAGAAAUAGGAAACUUGAUAGAAUUGGUGUCAUUGAAUCUAUCUAGCAACAAUUUGUCAGGAGUGAUUACUUCAAAGAUUGGAAGGUUAACAUCGCUUGAAUUUCUUGACUUGUCAAGAAAUCAUUUCUUUGGUCCAAUUCCUCCUUCUCUAGCUCAAAUUGAUCGUUUGUCCAUGCUUAAUAUUUCCUUUAACAAUUUCUCUGGAAGAAUUCCAAUUGGAACACAAUUACAGAGUUUCAAUUCCUCGAGUUAUGAAGGGAAUGUUGAUCUCUGUGGAAAACCACUAGAAAAAAAAUGUCCAGGAGACGAAAAGGUUGCACAUCAGAAACCUGAAACCCAUGAAGAAACUAGUCCACAAGAUAAAAAACCAAUUUAUUUGAGUGUGGGAUUGGGAUUUAUGACAGGAUUUUGGGGACUUUGGGGAUCAUUGUUUCUCAUCAGAACUUGGAGACAUAAAUAUGUCUUGUUCUUGAACAACAUAGUUGACACAGUGUAUGUGUUUAUGGUGCUGAAUGGAAUUAAAUUUCAAAGGUGGCUUAGAGAUUUGCAGGAAAAGUUAGUCUAAGCAUCUAUAAUUGAAGUAUUUGCAUCUCUGUUGAAGAAAGAUAGCAGCUAAUAAGACAAAAUAUAGGAGUUCAAAGUUCUGUUAUAGAUUAAUUUGUGAAGCAUAUAAUAUAGUUAUUGAGAUAUAAUGUAGUGAUGUUGAGCACCGCCGUAUAAGAAAUUAAAUGAAGUUCAUUAGCUAAAUGAUAAUUUUCUUUUGACAAAAUUACGACAGAU